AUGGAAGAAGCCAGUUUUAUGGAACACGUCCGAACGGCGCCGUCAGACGACAAACUAUUUCAAAAUCCUUUAAAUGAUCAUGACGACGACGACGAUGAUGAUGAUGAUGAAAGCUUUGUGCCCGAUUCGUUGCGAGCCUUUAUGGAAGACGCCAAUGCCAAAUUGGAUGCGGAUUUGAGUGAUAUUUUGAAUUCCGACAACCGCAAAAACAAGACAUCAUCAGCAGGCAAUAACAAUAACAAUAACCAUCAUCAUUGGAUGGAAGACGAUGAUGAUACUGACAUGGACGAGGACCCUCCCGCUCCUCAAAUGCCCGACAUGGAUCAUGUCAAUAGCCUAUUAGCAUCCACAAUAUCAUCAUCAUCAUCAUUAACAACAGCAACAGCAACACGAAGUCAAUCAGAUGGAAUUCAAAUCAAGAACAGCAACAACAACAACAACAGUAGUAGCAUUAGCAGCAACCGCAAGCUGAUGGUACCACCACUCCAACAACAACAACAACAACAAUACGAGGAGCCGCCUGAAGAAGAAGAAGAAGACGAAGAGCCGAUAUUGUCACGGCUCCAACACAUUAUAAAGGAUGUGGAUCCACCAACAACCAUGCAAGACGAAGAAGAAGACGCGCCAGCAGCAAAAACAAAGGCACAAGACAAGCCGUUUGCACAACUAACCACCCGGGAUUUGUUGCAACCCAAACCCAUUCCGGAUCCCAAUGCUCUUGACGAUUGCAAUGACGAUACUGAAACCGACGAAAAUUCCAAUUAUGUUAGUGACAAUCAAUUCUUCAAGGAUAUUUUGAAACAAGAAGAAGACUUGUCCUUGAAGCAUAAUCUCAUGAUGGGAUUGUUGGACGAAGAUGCCGCACGGGAAAAACAAUUCAAAGAAGAGCAACGUCGAAAGCUAGAAAAGGAAGAAUACAAGGAAAGGGAACGUUUGCGGAAAUUGCAACUGCAGCAAGAACAACAUUAUUAUGACGCGGAUCAUAAUGCUAAUGAUGAUUCCUCCGUUCCAACUCUGGAAUCCAUCAAUGCUCCCAUUGCAAACAAAGCAAAAGACAAAUCAUCCUUUGCACCGUCACCGGAUCGUAUUUUGGAAUCCAAAGUAUUUGAAGACGAUUACUACUACGACAAUCACAAUGAUGAUGAUGAUGAUGAGGACGAUGUCAUGUUGGAAGAAUUAUUGGCGGGAAAUACCAAUCCAGCUGCCCAUUUGACAGUAAUGCAAGCCAAGGACAUGUUGGGUGGUGAUGAUAAUAAUGAAGUUUAUGACAAUGAUGAUGAUGAUGAUCUACCGGCCUUGGAAAAUGAAGAUGCCUUGCCCAAACGAGAUUUGGCGGCGGAAUUGCUCAAGGCCGAACAAGAAUUUGGGACUCCUUCUUCUCCUGCUCUUGUGGACAACAACAAUGGCAACAGCGACAGCAACAGCAACAACCAAGGGGUUCCGAAGAAUAAUAAUAAUAAUCAUCAUCGUCCAUCGCCAUCCAAAAAGCCAAAAUUGGAUGCCAUGGAUGCUAUGUUGUUGCUGGGAAAUGACACCAGCAGCGAUUACGACCAAAUUGAAUCGGAAAUGGAUCGAUCCUAUAUUUCCUCCAGUUCGGAAGAAGGCGACACGGCCAACAAACCCCAAUCUCCUCCAUCGAUUGUGCAUCAAACGGAUACUCCACCAUCCCUGCACGAGCUAAAGCAAACCCUGCAACAACCAGAAAAUCGAGUGCCAACCUUGGCGCCCAACUUGCACCAGGAGCAGGAUGAUUUGUUGCAAGAGGCCUUGGAGGUGCAGAAAAAGGCCGAACAACUGACCAAAUCGCCACUACGAGCACCACCCAAGCCAGAAGUAGUACUUGUAGCACAAGCGAAAGCAGCAAAAGCAAGGAAACCAACCAAAAAGCCAGAUGCCUCCAGCGAGUUGCUAGGGUUUCUUCAUCCCAGCAUCAAAAAUGACAAGGAGGAAACAUCAAGAAUAGCUACCAACAACAACAACAAGAAGAACAAGGGCAGCUACAAGUCAGAGAUUAUUCGCCCACGCGCAAUGAUGGAUCCAAAAGUGGUGGACAACCGAGAAGCCAUUGCUCAUCAAAGCACACCUGCCAAGAAGCGAGAUGGAACGCCACCGAAACCACCAAAGACCCCAGAUCGUCCCAUGGUACUGACUCCACCCUCCAUGUCACAGCAACAACAAAUGAAGCAACAAGCAUCAGAUGCCACACCUCCCUCUCCAGCAGGUGCAGUGGAUAAUAUCUUUGAUUAUCUUCACCCAACCAAUGACAACAAAACUCAGGCCAAGGCGAAUCGGAAUCGAAAUACUAGUAUCAGUAACCAGCCGGUCCAACGAAAGCAGCUCUUUUCUGGUCCACCAACGGAAGCAAAACCACCAAAAGCCACCCAACCUGCCAAUCAUGGAGAUCAGCAGCCAGCCAUGGAAGUUACCAUUCCUUCCAAAACUGCAUCCACCAUUAUCACGUCACCAUCCAUGUCGCGAACAAAUCAAUCCCAGGCAUUUAGUCCAACCUCUUCCAUUGGAUUUGGUUCUCCCACGAGUGAAUUGAGGAAACGACGACAAAUGAUGCAAGAACAAUAUCAGCAACAAUAUCAACAGCAGCAGCAGCAGCAGCAACAGAGUGAGGUUCCGAAUUCUCCAAUGAGCAUGGCGUCUACAAUAAUGCGGCGACAAGGUCAUUCACCCUUGGUGAAUCGAAAACAUCCACCAAAGGAAUUGACCUCUCCCGAUAAAAACAUUUCGUCUCGACUUUUGCGAGGGACUGCGGCGACUCGAGCGGGGACUCGUGUCAAGUAUGGACAAACAAUCCAACAACAACAACAACAACAACCCAAGCCAAGAACUCGUCGGAAUACUCCAAUGAUGGCGGGAAGUUCCAUCAAGGGCAUGGCGGAAACGAGGAUAGGCUCCAAGAGUUCUACCGCUGAACAAGCUGACCCACCAGUGGCAACUUCAGCAACCAACAAAACCACCAGCGCUGUUGCAGAUCCAAAAGCCACAAGAGCUAGAGUACGAGAUCGAAUGGGUGCUUCAAGACGGGGAACAACCCAAAGCAACCGAGAGAAGAAGGCGGAACAAAAGAGGAAUAUCAAGUCCACAAUGGAUCGGGUACGGGAACGCAAAGAACGAAUGGCCAAGAUGGAGCAGGAACGAGUUGCCAAACUGAAAGCCAAGAUUGCCGAACGCGAAAAGAAAACCCAGGAACGAAAAGCAAAGCUGGAAGCGGAACGAGCCUCUCCUCAAAAGAUUGCUGCUUCCAAGACGAAAAAAAGGUCCACCAAGACUUCCAUACCACCGCGGCCCAUCACAGUUCCCAAGACGCCCAACUUUAUGAAAGACAAGCGGCCAAAACCACGAGAACGAAAGGAAGAAAGGGUGUCACUGGCAAACGCCGACAGUUUAUUGAUGCGCAGCUUUCGGGAAGACCAAUCAAUGGGAUCCACUACUGGGGAACGAAAACUCACGAUUCCCAAGGGUCCAAGCUUUCAGACAGACAAGCGUCUGAAACCCGUAGAGCGAAGGGAAGAAAGAGUGUCACUGGCAAACGCUGACACGCUGUUGAUGCGAAGCUUUCGCGAUGAUCAAUCGAUGGGUGGUGGUUCCUCUGUGGGAGGAGAACGGAAACCUACCAUUCCUAUUGGUCCCAGCUUUCAGACAGACAAACGUUUGAAACCAGUAGAGCGAAGGGAAGAGAGGGUGUCACUGGCAAAUGCCGACACGCUGUUGAUGCGAAGCUUUCGCGAUGAUCAGUCGAUGGGUGGUGGAUCCACAUCUGGCGCAAGAAAAAUUACCAUUCCAAAGACUCCAAAUCUCGUCACGAAGAAGAAGUACGGAGACAGGAGUUCUGCAAAGAGAGGCGAUGACGACGAAGGAAGUGUUCACCACUGGCAGGAUGGUUUGAGGACGGCAACAUCACCGUCCAAGAGCGUAUGCAGCCAGUUGACUAUUCCCCAAACCCCCAACUUCCAACCGGAGCGCAAACGACAGCCUGCUGUGAGUACUGCCGAACGAGAGCAAGCCGAAAUGGAUUACUACAAGGCGAAUCCAUUCAAGGCAAGGCCAGUGGGAAGCGGUGUCAAAUCAUUUUCGUCCACUGCCACGAAACAAGUCGAGAAGCGGAAAUUGACAGCGCCAAAGCCAUUUCGCCUUUCUGUUGGAAAGCAAACAAGUCCAGAUCACAGAGAUCAAUCAAAGCCAAAAACCUUGUUCCCAGCACCUCGUGGUACACCUGCUGAUGGCUUUAAAAUGAGAAAAAAGAGGUCUACUACAACUCCAAAGCCAUUCCAGCUGUCGUCGUCGAGGCAACAAAGCUUUUCACCGACCGAAUCGGCAGAUAGCUCCGCACCACCGCAGCAAAUCGAUGUAAAAGCUACCAAAAAGUUCCAUGCUCGACCGAUGCCAAGCUUCGAUACUCCCAGUAUUCCGGUGCGCGACAAGGAUCCAAGCAAAUUGCGAUCUCCGCCGCCCAAAUCACCAGAAGAAGUCAAACCAUUCAAGGCCAGAGGAGUUCCAAAGUCUUUGUCGAAACCGUCCAUUCCAGUUCGGCGGCGAGAUCCAUCGAAACUGCGGUCUCCAGAUUACGUCAAGACAUCGCCCGAGUAUCUCAGUAGGAAACGCGGAAAGGUACAAGGAGGAAUCACAUCGCCGGACUCUUCGGAGAGCAAAGCAUUCCGGGCACGACGAGCACCUUUCAGAUCCCCUCCCGACAUUCCAGUUCGAGGUAAAGAUCCCCGAAAACUUCGACCGGUUCCUAGCAAGAAGCAAACUGUUCCUGCACCGCCGUCUCUUGCAGGGUCGUCGUAUGGUUCCAAUGCUUCCAGCUUGGAAUCGCGAGUGGACAAGCGGAAAGCUAUUCGAGAGAACCUGCGCCAGCGCAUGAAAGGAAGGCGUGGUAAAUCAGAAUCAGUAACUACCACUGAUUCUUCUGUUGUUGGGGUAUCUAUGGACACCACCGUGACAACAUCAAUUGAUGGUGCGACUACUUCCUAUGAAGCACCUGGCGUCUCUACCUACUACAAUAUUUUGACUGAUUCUAGCAGGGCAGACAACAAGAUUGGCAAAACCGUGCCAGCAGCAGAUGCCGUGUCACCAAAUGCCGAACGCGAAAAGUUAUUGCUGCAAGCAGCCAUGAAGAAGGGUGCAGAUGCCGUGUCACCAAAUGCCAAACGCGAAAAGUCUUUGUUGCAAGCGGCCAUGAAGAAGGGAGGUCAAAGCAAGAAGGAGGAAUUGCGAAAUGCUAUGAGUGGAUGGUCAAAUGAUGAAACUCCCAUGGCUUCCGCCCCUUCUGCAGAGUCGGAAGCAUCCACUCCUAUUACAAAGGGAGGCCAAAGCAAAAAGGAAGAAUUGCGAAGUGCCAUGGGUGGAUGGAUGUUUGAUUCCGUACCCGCUACUGUCACCGCCGGUCUUGCUGUAAAGAAGCCACCCGCAGACAGGAUAUCCGAGAUUCGCCGCAAGGAACCAGAUCCCCUGGAAGCAGCCCGCAUUGCGGAAGCAAAGCGAAAGCGAGAGGAACUAUUGAGACUGCAAAACAGGUCAAAGACGUACGAAGAGACAACUGAAAUGGCCUUGCAGUUGCAACAACAAUUGGAAGAUGCGCUCUCGUUUGAAGCAACCUACAGUGCAGGGGAUGACUUGGACCAAGGUUAUAUUGGGCAACCUGCUGGUAGUCUGGGUCAUUUUGACUUGUAG